AUGGAUAUUGAAUUGGAAGAUAGAACUAUUAAUAGAUUGGAUACAACUACGAUUAAACUUGAUAUUGGAGAACCUGAUACGAGUAUGAUACCAUUUGAUAUGCUUUCAAAAGCAUCACAAGAAAUGUUUGCUGAUGAAGAAGGUAAACGACAAGGAACAUAUUGGGGAUAUGCAGAAGAUGAAGGCAAUACUAGUUUACGUCAUAAUAUUGUUAAUUUUAUUCAUCAUUCAUGUGGAAUUUCAACAUUGAGCUUUGAAAAUAUUUUUAUUACAAAUGGUAUUUCGGCUAUGCUCGAUCAGCUUUGUACUAUGUUUUUACGAGCAGGUGAUACUGUACUUGUUGAAUGUCCAACAUAUUUGUAUGCUUUACCAAUUUUUCGUGAUCAUCAUUUACAUAUUAUUUCAUAUGCAACUGAUAAUGAUGGAUUAAUUAUUGAUUCAAAAUUUAUAAGUGAAGUACUUGAAAAAGCUAAACCGAAGAUGAUCUAUUUGGUACCAACAUUUCAAAAUCCUAGUGGCUUUACCAUGUCUCAUCAUCGUCGUGAACAAUUGGUAAAAUUAAGUUUGAAAUAUAAUUUUUUAAUCGUAGCUGAUGAAGUUUAUCAUUUUCUUGAUUAUGAAAAAAAAGAAACAAAUGGAAAUAUUCAUGAUCAUAGUCAAUUAAUUGAACAUCCAAAAUCAUUUGCUGCUUAUCAUGCUGCAGGAACAGUCAUAUCACUUCAUUCAUUUUCCAAAAUUCUUACACCUUCUUUACGUUUGGGUUUUGCAUGUGCAAGUCAUGAACAUGUUAGCGCAAUGGGUCGUUUUGGUUUAAUACAUAGUAGUGGUGGUGCUAAUCCUUUUACAUCAGGUAUUGUUGAUCGAAUAUUAACCAAAGAUUUAUUAAAAAAAUUUAUUGAUGAAAAAUUAUGUGUUGAAUACAAAAAACGUAUGAAAGUAUUACAUAGUGAAUUAAUGCAAACAUUUGGUGAGAAUUAUAUAUCAUGUCGACGACCAUCAGGUGGUUAUUUUCUUUGGAUAAAAUUUCAUGAUACAACUGUUGAUUGUGAUCAAUUAUUAAUUAUUGCUCGUAAAUAUGGUGUUACAUUUAAACCCGGACGAUUAUUUGCUCAUGAUGAAGAAGCAAAAGCACAUUUAGCCAAUUGUCUUCGUCUUUGUAUUGCUUUCGUUAAUAGUGAUAAAUUACGAGAGGGAUGUACAAGAUUGAAACGGGCUUUUGAAGAAUAUAAGAAUAUUACGUUGGAUUAG